CACAAGCAGUAAAGCCACGAAAAAAGACCAAAGCAAUGGAAAGGGCUCAAGUGUUGCAAAUACUAUAAAGAACAAUUGGAGCAGAAAAAUAGACGAUGGAAGCAAUGAAAACUUGCCAAUGUUUAAACUCAACCUGGAUGAAACAUGGCAGAACAGUGAUGGAUUUUGCAGAAGCAGCACAUUUGGGAAAAAGACAGUAAAAGAGAACAAGACCAUUAUGAUGAUCGGAGCCACAGGAGCAGGAAAAACCACUCUAAUUAACAGCAUGAUCAACUACAUUCUUGGAAUGCAAUGGAAAGAUGACUUCCGGUUUGUGUUAAUAGAUGAAGGGAAGCAGAAAUCUCAGGCUGAAAGUCAGACUUCAGAGAUCACGGCAUAUCAAAUCAAUUACAUGGAUGGUUUCCAGAUUCCGUAUUCUCUGACUAUUGUGGACACACCAGGCUUUGGUGAUACCAGAGGAAUUUCACAUGACCAGAAAAUCACAAAGCAAAUUCAUGAGUUGUUUUCUGCCCAUGGAGGGAUCGAUUGCAUUGAUGCCGUGUGUUUUGUAGUACAGGCUUCUCUUGCCCGUCUGACACACACACAGAAAUACAUCUUUGACUCCAUUCUUUCCAUAUUUGGGAAGGAUAUUGCUGAAAACAUCCUUGUGAUGGUCACCUUUGCAGAUGGGAAAACACCUCCAGUUCUUGAGGCCAUCACAGUCUCCCAGGUGCCCUGUUCCACCACUAACUCUGGAGAGCCUCUUCACUUCAAGUUCAACAACUCUGCUGUGUUUGCUACCAAUAAUCAAUCUGCAGCAGAUGACUGUGACAACUUUGACCAAAUGUACUGGAAGCUGGGAUGUUCUAGCAUGAAAAAAUUCUUCGAAUCCCUCAACAAGUUGGAAACCAAGAGCUUGUCUCUGACACGCGAGGUCCUAAAAGAGCGGCAACAGCUGGAAGUGCUUGUGGAAGGUCUCACGCCCCAAAUCAAUGUUGGUCUGACAAAACUGGAUGAAAUCAAGAAGACAAAAGCUGCUCUGGAGCAACACAAAGCAGAAAUGGAUGCUAACAAGAAUUUUGAAUAUGAAUUAGAAGUAACUGUCCCCAAAAAGAUGGAAAACAACACUGGCUACUACUUAACCAACUGCCAAAUGUGUCAAUACACAUGUCAUGGGGCAUGCAGUCGUGCAGAUGACAAAGAUAAGUAUUUGUGCAAAGUCAUGAAAGAUGGAAAGUGUACGGUCUGUCCUGGAAAGUGUGCUUGGAGUGUUCACUAUAAUCAGAAAUACAAAUGGAAUUAUGUCACAGAAAAGACAAAGGAAACUUAUCAGGAUUUAAAAAAGCGAUAUGAGGAUGCACAUGGAAAGGUCAUGUCAAAAGAAAAGAUCUUUGAAGAGCUUGAAAAGGAGUUUCAGGUUGUCCAGUAUAUUGUGGCCAUACUAAUAGAAAAAUCUCAGAAGACCUUGGAGCAUCUGCAGGAAAUUGCCCUCAAGCCCAAUCCUCUGUCCACCCCUGACUACAUUGAUCUGAUGAUUGAGUCUGAGAAAGAAGAAGCCAAACCUGGAUUUCUAGAUCGCAUUCGGUCUCUAAAAGACGUCAGGAAGAAGGCAGAGAUCAUCAGUAAGGUUAACAAAGGAGAAGUGCUUCCAGAGGAUUUGAAAAUGUACAAACCUGAAAUAACAAACAAAGAAACAGCCUUUGAUGCAAGAGUCCUGUUAGGUAUGGCAAAGAAUUUUUUUCAAGAAACAGCAUCUACGUUUCAAGAAAAAGUGUGCAAUGUAUUACAUCUUUAGUACUUUAUCUACAGUUACUGUAACUAUAAACUAAACAUUUGGUUUUGUUGUAAAGAUGCUCUGCAUGCAUAUA